CGUUAUGAGCUCGUCUGUAGAUCAAGAUGUAGCCGAAAACUAAAGCCCAAACUCGAUUCGGGUUAAAACCCAACGGUUCCGUGAAAGAUUUGAGUGCAUGUUCACGUGACACGUCAAAAUUCAACCCAAAACCCGACCCGCUCAAGGUCAGGGCCCAAUUAAGGGAACCCGAGAACACUAGCCAGAGUGAAGGGUCAGAGAGCAGCGAGAAGAAAGGGAUCGCCGGAAUCCCAAUCCCUCACGCACACUCACACCCAAAUUCCGAACCAAUAUACAUAUACAGACGCAAUCGUCGCAAACCCAGCUACCCAGCAAACCCAGCACGCUUCGAAGGACAAUUUGAAGGAAAGUAGUUGCUGGAGUUGAAUAAAUGGGCUUCGAGGCCGUGCACUGAUGUCCCUGUUCUGGAUUGUUGUUCAUCAGCUUGCAGAGAUCGAAGCAAUGGCCGCGUCGAAGAAAGUCAUAACGAGGGAAGAGUGGGAGAAGAAGCUCAAGGAUGUAAAAAUUAGGAAAGAAGACAUGAAUAAAUUGGUGAUGAACUUUCUUGUCACUGAGGGUUAUGUGGAUGCUGCUGAGAAAUUCCGUAUGGAAUCUGGAACCGAACCAGAUAUUGAUCUUGCAACAAUAACGGAACGCAUGGCUGUCAAGAAGGCAGUACAAUGCGGUAAUGUGGAGGAUGCGAUCGAGAAAGUGAAUGACUUAAACCCUGAGAUUCUGGAUACAAAUCCUCAAUUAUUUUUCCAUCUCCAACAGCAAAGGUUGAUAGAACUAAUUCGGAAUGGAAAAGUCGAAGAGGCUCUUGAAUUUGCUCAGGAAGAGCUAGCACCAAGGGGAGAAGAAAAUCAAAGCUUUUUAGAAGAGUUGGAGAGGACUGUUGCACUGCUAGCUUUUGAAGAUGUGAACAACUGUCCCGUUGGAGAGCUUCUCGACAUAUCACAGCGCCUAAAGACAGCAAGUGAGGUGAAUGCAGCCAUCCUUACCAGCCAGAGUCAUGAAAAAGAUCCGAAGCUUCCAAGCUUAUUGAAGAUGCUGUUAUGGGCUCAGAACCAGCUUGAUGAAAAAGCCGCUUAUCCUCGGAUAAACGAUCUUUCCACUGCCAAGCUAGAAGACCCUACUGUCUAGAUGAUCUCCAACCUCCUUGCAUGGAGAGAUGGAGGAUUAGGUUUCGUCUAGGCUUUCUCAUGGGAUGACAAAUGAUGUAUGUACCUUUAUUGCGAUAAAUGACUCUCCUCUCAGAUGCUGUUUCAUUGCGAUCUUUGAUAAUUUGUUCUCGAUUUUCGUUUGUAGCUUUCUCAACAUUUGUACAAAUGGUUGUCUAUAACAUCUCUUUGUUUCUA